UUUAAAAGUCUUCAAGCCCCGGGGAUAUCUUACCUUCAGGCUCGGAAGUAAUCCGAAAGGAAGUAUCCUGUCCAUAGGACUUUAUCUUCCCACAAAGCACGAGCGUUCACGACCUUAGCAAUAGUAAUACAUCUUGUCACCACAAUAAGUGAUUUUUUUAGUCCCUCCCAUCAAUUGACUACCGACUAACAAAAGAAAGGAUUUAUUUCUCCGCAACACUUCUCUGAGCUAAGCAUCCCCGAAAAACAGCUUUCCGAACGCGCAGAGGCAGGAAGGGAAAAGCACGCCGGGCGAAAAAGGAAGAGAAAGUGGUACAACUGCAACAAAGUCUUCGAGGCGGGAACAAACGCGCCCUCGGUCGGGGCAGAUUUGGGGUCCAGAGUGUCCCAGACACUCUCACAGGGCACCCGAGUUCACGCUGGCGACAGUCGGAGACCCUCSCCUCCGGCAGUUCCCCCUGCUACUACCCGCACCCCGCGGAGCUCUGACCUCCAAAGCAAGUCCGCUUGGCAAUUCCAACCCUUCGCUUUAUGCCCGCACCUUUGAUUGGAUUCUAGAUGGAUCCCUCAGUGUGUCUCACCCUAUGAAAGACCCGGCCGGUGGCCCGGCAGCCCCGCCCCCGCCCCGCCCCUGGCAGAGGACCCGCCCCGAGCCUCGCGCCAGGGAGCGGAGGAGAGUAAAUACAACAGGAGCGCAAGAUGGCGGAACCGCCGAGCCCAGUGCACGGCGCCGCCGCCGCCUCUGCCUCCGUCGUUUCCGAGAAAGAACCAUUUGGCAAGCUUCAAUCUUCCUCUCGGGACCCACCGGGUUCUCUGUCCGCAAAGAAGGUCCGGACUGAGGAGAAGAAGGCGCCGCGGAGAGUGAACGGAGAAGGGGGUAGCGGCGGGAACAGCAGGCAGCUGCAGCCGCCCGUGGCACCUUCGCCUCAGAGCUAUGGCAGCCCCGCGUCUUGGAGCUUCUCUGCUCUUUCUGCUACCCCAUCUCCGUCGUCUUCUCGGAGCUGUUUCUCUUUCUCCGCGGGUUCGGCGGUCCCCUCUUCAGCCUCCGCUUCCUUGUCUCAGCCGGUGCCGCGCAAACUGCUGGUCCCUCCUACGCUGCUGCACGCCCAGCCUCACCAUCUCCUGCUGCCGGCCGCCGCUUCCUCGGCUAACGCCAAGCCACGCAGACCUAAGGAAAAGCGGGAGAAGGAGAAGAGGAGGCACGGCCUUGGCGGGGCCGCCCGGGAGGAGAACGGGGAGGUGAAGCCGCUGCCGCGAGAUAAAAUCAGAGACAAAAUUAAAGAGAGAGACAAAGAAAAAGAGAGAGAAAAAAAGAAGCAUAAAGUAAUGAGUGAGAUCAAGAAAGAGAAUGGAGAAGUAAAGAUUUUACUGAAAAGUGGGAAGGAGAAACAAAAAACAAAUGUAGAAGACUUACAAAUUAAAAAGGUAAAGAAGAAAAAGAAAAAGAAACACAAAGAGAAUGAAAAACGGAAGCGUCCAAAAAUGUAUAGCAAAUCUAUUCAGACUAUUUGCUCAGGAUUGCUAUCUGAUAUUGAAGAUCAAGAAGCCAAAGGUAUCUUAAAUGAUAACUUAAAGGAUUACAUUGGAAAGAAUUUGGAUACCAAGAAUUAUGACUCCAAAAUUCCAGAGAACAGUGAGUUUCCAUUUGUCUCAUUAAAAGAGCCACGAGUUCAGAAUAUCCUCAAAAGAUUGGACACUUUGGAGUUCAAACAGCUCAUUCAUAUUGAGCACCAGCCUAAUGGAGGUGCAUCAGUUAUCCAUGCUUACAGCAAUGAACUCUCCCACCUGUCUCCUAUGGAGAUGGAAAGGUUUGCAGAAGAGUUUGUGGGUCUAGUGUUCAGUGAAAAUGAAAACUCUGCAGCUUUUUAUGUAAUGGGUAUUGUUCAUGGGGCAGCUACUUAUUUACCUGACUUUUUAGACUACUUUUCAUUUAAUUUUCCCAAUUCACCAGUGAAAAUGGAGAUAUUGGGAAAGAAAGAUAUAGAGACAACAACUAUGUCCAAUUUUCAUGCUCAGGUAAAAAGAACAUAUUCUCAUGGUACUUACAGAGCUGGCCCAAUGCGACAAAUAAGCUUGGUGGGAGCAGUUGAUGAAGAAGUGGGAGAUUACUUCCCUGAAUUUCUUGACAUGUUGGAAGACUCACCAUUUUUAAAAUGUACACUGCCAUGGGGGACAUUAUCUAGUCUAAAAUUAGAGAGUCGAAAAGACAGUGAUGAUGGUCCCAUUAUGUGGGUACGUCCAGGAGAACAAAUGAUCCCUGUGGCUGAUAUGCCAAAGUCACCUUUCAAAAGGAAAAGAACUACCAAUGAAAUAAAAAACCUUCAGUACCUACCUCGAACCAGUGAGCCUCGUGAGAUGCUCUUUGAAGACAGGACAAGGGCCCAUGCAGAUCAUAUAGGACAAGGUUUUGAACGACAGACAACAGCUGCUGUUGGAGUACUGAAGGCUGUGCACUGUGGAGAGUGGCCUGAUCAACCCCGAAUAACCAAAGAUGUAAUUUGUUUUCAUGCUGAAGAUUUCUUAGAAGUAGUUCAACGAAUGCAGUUAGAUUUACAUGAACCUCCACUGUCCCAGUGCGUCCAGUGGGUUGAUGAUGCAAAACUUAAUCAACUAAGGAGAGAAGGCAUUCGCUAUGCCAGGAUUCAGCUCUAUGAUAAUGACAUUUAUUUUAUUCCAAGGAAUGUCGUUCAUCAGUUCAAGACAGUUUCAGCAGUAUGCAGUUUAGCAUGGCAUGUUCGGCUCAAAUUAUAUCACUCAGAGGAGGACACAUCUCAGAAUACAGCUACUCAUGAAACAGCCACAUCACCAGAUUCCAUAUCAUCAGUUCUUGGACCUCACACGGACAACAUGAUUUGUGCUGUAAGCAAAACUUCCUUGGAUUCUGUUUUUUCAGAAAAACUUCAUUCUAAACAUGAAUUAUCGCAGAUCAAACAUGAACCUGUUUCAUCUGUAAGAAUCAAAGAAGAACCUGUGAAUGUUAAUAUUUCUGAAAAGACUAAAGCAUCGAAUAAUAUGGAUGGCAAGAAUGUUAAAGCAAAAUUGGAUCAUGUUCGGUUUACAGAAUUUAAGAUUGACAUGGAAUCUAAAUUUGAAAAUAGCAGCAAAGAAUUAAAGGAAGAACUGUGUCCUGGAAGUCUCAUAAGUCUAGUUGAUACAAGGCAACUUAGUUCAGCACACUCAAAUCAAGAUAGAAAAGAUGAUGACAUUUUGUGCUAAAUUUGUACAUAGCAUUUAAUUUUUUUUAAAAAAAAUAAUAAUGUAAUAAAUAUUCAUGAAUUCUGAAAGCAAGCCAAGGACUUGCUCUCAAGUCUGUUACAAAAUAUAGUUUAUGUAGCUUUGUAACAUUCCUCAGUGCCUGUCCAUAACUGUGAAGUAUAAAGCACUUAGGGCCAGAUGCACUGUAAACAUUGCAGGUUUAAACAUAAAGGAGUCUAUAAAAAAAUCCAUUUCAGUUGGAGUUGUAGAUUUUAGAAUGGAGCUGACAUUAAAAUAAAUAAAUAUGUAGAUAUGUAUAUAAACAUACAUAUAUAUCUACAUAUUUAUUUAUUUAUUUAGUAAUAUGAGCCAGAAUUCUUUUUUGACAAUUUAAAGCUUUUCCAUACAGCUUAUUUAUACCAACUACCCCCCCCCCCAUUUUGGGUGUGUCAGCACUGUAGUGUAAUUAGCUUUUUAAAAAUCUUUUUAGUGUGAUUUAUACUGAAAUGUGAGCCAAUUAAUAAAGGUUCAUAAUAAUAAAUGUUUUCUGUUGGGUCUGCGAAGACAAA